AUGAUGCCACCUGAGGAGGAGAGCCCGGACGGUGGUGGGACAGGAGACAAAGACAGUGGUCUUGUCUUCCUGCAAGCCCUGAAGAGCGGCAGCACCCGGAAGCAGGGCUGUGACCCCUUUGCCCAGACCCAGCGCAGCAAACUGCAGCAUCGCAGAGCACGAAUUAACCAGCAGAUCAACAAGGAGAUGAGGAUGAGAGCAGGAGCAGAAAACCUCUUCAGGGCCACCAGUAACCACAAAGUCAAAGAGACAGUGGCCUUGGAGCUCAGCUAUGUAAACUCCAACCUGCAGCUGCUGAAGGAGGAGCUAGAGGAGCUGAACAGCAGUGUGGAUGUCUACCAGAAUGACAGGUUCUUGUCUUCUUCCAGUGAGUCCAUCAGUGUCCCCAUGAUCCCUUUGGGCCUUAAGGAGACAAAGGAGCUGGAUUUGCUGGCACCACUGAAGGAUUUCAUCAGUGAACACUAUGGAGAGGAGGGCAUCUUGUUUGAAAAGGAAAUCAAAGAGUUCAUGGAGCUGCGGCAGGCGAUGCGCACCCCGAGCCGCAAUGAAGCCGGGCUGGAGCUCCUGAUGGAGUAUUACAACCAGCUCUACUUCCUUGACAGCCGCUUCUUCCCUCCUAACAAAAGCCUGGGUGUCUUCUUUCACUGGUAUGACUCCCUGACAGGGGUCCCAUCCCACCAGCGAGCUCUGGCUUUUGAGAAGGGCAGUGUCCUCUUCAACAUUGGAGCCCUGCACACCCAGAUCGGAGCGCGGCAGGACCGUGCCUCCCUGCCCGGCCUCAACCAGGCCAUCGAUGCCUUUCAGAAGGCAGCUGGUGCCUUUAACUACUUGAAGGAAAACUUCUCCAACGCUCCCAGUCUGGAUAUGAGCUCUGCUUCCUUGAACAUGCUGGUGCGACUGAUGGUCGCCCAGGUCCAGGAGUGCGUCUUUGAGAAGAUGACCUUGCUACGUGCCCAACACGACUUCCUUUCCAGGCUGCAGCUUGCCCAGGAGGCAGCAAGGGUGGAAGAUGUCUACUCGCUGGUACACCAGACCAUGACCCAACCCCACGUGAAGGAUUAUGUUCCCUUCUCUUGGACCACCAUGGUCCACGUCAAGUCGGAGCAUUUCAAAGCCCUCUCCCACUACUUCGCUGCCGUUGCUCUCUGUGACUGCCCCGCGGCAUCUGAUGCUGAAUUCCCAGAGCAGGAGAAGGCUUUUAUCCAGUUCCACGUCACCAUGCCAGAUGGACCAUCACUCCGUGUCCUGCUGCAGGAUCCUGAGGAGAGGAGGAAGCUGGGCAAAGCUCACCUGAAGAAAGCCAUCAUGAAGCACGAGGAAGCCAUGAGGAUCCACGGCUUGUGCAAGAUCCUGCGGAAGAUGGAUAUCCUGCAGGAGGUCCUCUCCUUUGCCCACAAACGCUCGCUGAACAAAUACUCAGAAAUCGACCAUGAAGAAGACUUCUUUGAAACUGGAGAUGCCCCAGAUAUUCAUCCCAAAACCCACCAGAAACCAGAGAUAAAAUCCCCCAACUUCUCCCAGGUGAAGGUGACCGACCUCUUCCACAGGCUGGGACCUCUUUCCGUUUUCUCGGCCAAGAACAAGUGGUACCCAGCACGAAGAGUCCACCUGAGGAGAGGAGAGAAUGGGUUUGGGUUCACACUGCGAGGAGACUCCCCUGUGCUCAUUGCUGGUGUCAUCCCAGGGGGCUGUGCUGCUGAAGCUGGGCUGAAGGAAGGAGACUACAUCAUGUCAGUGAAUGGCAAAGACUGCAAGUGGUCCAAGCAUGCUGAGGUGGUGCAGCUGCUGAAGAGCACUGGGGAAGAAGGAGUGGAGAUCAUUGUGAUAACCCUGCAGGGCUCAGAGGGACCAAAAACUGUGGACAAGAAGGCAGCAGCGAUGUCCUCGGGCGGCGGGGUGCUGAAGAGCAACAAGGAGAACAACCGGAAGAGCCUGAUGAACAGCAAGAGCGCCAGCACGCUGCUGGUCUGGAGCAAGAAGAGCAAGAGGAGCAAGAAGAGCACCUACGGUGUCCCCUUCACUGCGGUGGGAGACAACGAGGUCAUGUACUGA